AUGAAUGAGAGGUCAUCUCGAUCACACACGAUUUUCCGGAUUAUUCUGGAGUCGAAAGAUGCCAAUCAGAAAGAUGGACCUGUACAUAUAAGCUACCUUAACUUAAUGGACUUAGCUGGUUCUGAGAGAGUUUCUCUGACGAAAGCUGCUGGAAAUGUGAUAAGGCAACUAAGCGAGGGGAAGGAGUUUAUCAGUUAUCGCGAUUCGAAAUUGACUAGACUGCUCUCACAGGCUCUUGGCGGUAAUGCCAAAUCAUUGAUUAUCGGGAAUGUUACUUUAGCUGCAGAGGAGGAGACCUAG